AUGGCGGAAACAAACAGCAACGGUGGAUUUAAGGCGCCAUUACUGAGAUCAUUAGAUGGAGAAUUGGAGAAAGGGAAGGGGAAGAAUGGGAGACCGAAAGAGCCAUGGAAAGGAGAAGUAGUGAAGAGCAUCGUGUAUGCAGGGCUUGAUGCCAUUGUCACUUCUUUCUCCCUCAUUUCUUCCAUCUCUGCUGGCCAUCUUUCCUCUGUUGAUGUUUUGGUGCUAGGUUUUGCUAAUUUAGUUGCGGAUGGAAUAUCUAUGGGGUUUGGGGACUACGUGUCAAGCAGCACGGAGAAAGAUGUGGCAGCCAAGGAGAGGACAGUAACUGAGUGGGAUGUCAUUAACCAGCACAGGCCUCAGAAGGAGGAAUUACUUCGACAUUAUCAGCAACUUGGAAUGAAUGAAACUGAUGCUAAUACAGUGGUGAAUAUAUUUGCAAAGUAUAGGGACAUCAUGAUAGAUGAGAAGAUGGCAAUACAGAAAGGAUUAUUGCCACCAGAUCAAGCUGACAAGCCAUGGAAGAGUGGGAUAAUCACAUUUACUGCCUUCAUUGUGUUUGGUUGUGCCCCGCUUCUGGCAUUCAUCGUGCUCAUCCCGUUCACAAAAAAUGACACGUAUAAGUUCAUUGGUGCCUGUGUGUUUUCUGCAGUUGCCCUGGCACUGUUGGGGAUAGCUAAGGCCAAGAUUGCUAGUCAGAAUUAUGCACUUUCUGCAGGCAUCACCCUUUUCAAUGGACUCAUUGCUGGGGCUGCCGCGUAUGGUAUUGGCUGGACACUCAGGAAUGUUGCUGGCUUGGAAGAGUGAUCACUCACUUGUCACUAUUAUGUUUCAAAACUGGCCAUGGAAAGAGAGAAGCACUUGGUGAUUUCCCAGUUUUAACCAUUUUUGUGACGGACAAAAUCGUGUUCUAAAUGAUCUUGAAAUAUUAAUGUUCUUAACUUCUUUCUGUCUGACUAAUGUAGAGUAAGUUAAAAGUUCUAAUGUAUAGAGCAAAUAUUUAGGUAAAAGUU